AUGGGCGGCCAGGGGUGGACCCAGGCUAUUUGCUUAGGUCCCGUCUCCAAGCCCAGAGCGAGCUGUUGUGAUUACUUCAAUGGUGAGAUUCGCUGGUGGCUUGCCGCGGACUGCUAUACUAUUAGGGAAAACGGGCGAUAUGGUAGUGGUGGUGGUGGUAGUGGUAAAGAAAGGCUGGAAAAUCGGCCAUCAGCAGCAACAGGAUUGCUGAAGCGCGCUCGACUCCCCUGGCAGAGCGGUGGCGCAAUGCGCAACCGAGAAAUUAAGAUGGAUGAAAUUGGAUCUCGCGGCUUCAUCGACGGGCUCGCCCAGGGGCCUGGCCCUGUCGAGGCUCUGGUCCAGGGCGGUUUGCAGCGAUACAGGCGCUGA